AUGGCUAAUGCUACUGAUGCCUCUGCUACCCCAACCACCAUUUCACCUACCCCUUCUUUCAUGAAUACCCUCACUCUUGCCAUGGUUGCUGCUGUCUUCAUUAAGUUGGAUCGAACCAACUAUUCUCUUUGGUUGGCACAAUCUCUACCCAUUUUCAGAAGCCGAGACCUUAUGGGCUUUGUGGAUGGCUAUCAUGAAUGUCCUCCAAAACAUCUCUCUGGUAGCACAACAGUCAACCCCGCCUACACAACAUGGAUUCAGCAGAACCAACUUAUCUUAAGUUGGAUCAACAACUCCUUAUCCCAAUCAGUGCUCUCCACAGUUUCACGUAAUCAGACUUCUCGUUCCACUUGGCUGGCUCUCGAACGUCGAUAUGCCUCGACAUCACAAAACAGGAUUUUGCAUUUGCGCAAUGAGCUGAUACGCACCAUGAAAGGAGACUUGUCUGUCUCGGAUUAUCUUGACAAGAUUGCUGCUCAGGCCCGUGAUACCCCCAUUACAUAUCCCACACUUGAGUCUCUUCUGCUGAAUACUGAAAGGAGAAUGAAUGAUCAUGUUUCUUCUCUCACUGAGUAUGCUCUUGCCGUAGCUGCCUUUGCUGCUAACCGAGGACGUGGUGGUGGCCGUUCUCGGGGAACUGGACGUGGUGGUGUUCUGUCCAAUCGUGGAGUUGUUCCAAAUUCACGAGGUGGUACUGCUCGUGGAUCCUUUACCAACCAGCGAGCUUUUCUUUGA